GCUCCUGAGCGCCUGUCAAAAUUAGGAAAAACAAUAAAAUAUAGAAAUAAAGAGCUGAUAAUGUAGUAAUACGUCAAAAUGAAUCAUAAGUAUUUGUUCCACCUGAGAGAAUUCGAUUAAAUUCCAAUCAAAUAGGACAAAAAAAGUGAAUCAUAAUUCUUUUUUUCUAUAACUUUCAAAACAACAAAGAUGGCGCCCCUCUUUAGAUCUGUCAAAAAAGUGAUAAUUAUCCGAAACAUAAAUCACAUCUCACUCGUGAAUAAAUUGUGAAUAUCUCGAGUAUUAUUUAGUAUAAAAAGAAAAUAUUUUAUAAAACUCAGUGAAUAAAUAAAUAAUUCAAAUUUUCGUGUUAUUUAUUGAUAACGCGCGCGACAAUCGACAAUAAAAGAAAAGUGAGGUUAGGUUUAUUAUUGAAAAUUUGCGAAUGACAUUUCAGUGUGUAUAUAUGUUUUCGAAUCGUUGCGACAUAGUGUUUAAUAAUUAAAAAAAAAAAAGUGAAUUAGGUAUUUAAAAGUGAAAAAAAGUGUGUUUUUUAUACUCCAGUGAAAAACAAAGGAUAUUAAAUUAUAAAUAAUGAAAUAAUGGCUCGAGCCACAAGUUCAAUGCAAUGCGAUUCCGUUGCAACUUAUAUGGACGGUGUUCAUGUUAAAAUUGCCGAAGCUUAUAAACCGCCAAGGAAAAUUGCACUGCCUGCCGCUUAUAAUAAUCGUUUGCCCGAUGCAUCAAGAUAUUCGUAUGAUUUUUCAUUGGAGAGAUCCGUUCUGCAGAAGAUGUCAGAAUGGAGAAAAGCUCGACUGGCGAAUAGUGAAGCACGACAAUUGCGUCUCGAGGAGAAUAAAUUGAGAAAAAAGGAAAAUUCGCCAUCACCACCACCGGCGUCAUCAACGACGUCGUCGUCAACUUCUUCAUCGCCAUCAACAACAACAACAACAGCAACUCAGGAGACAAAUCAACUUCCGGUGAAAACGGCACCGGUACCGGAAACAACGAUACUCACACCGCAGCCAUUAUCACCACCAGCAAACGAUUUACACGAAAUUAGUAACAAUAAAUCACAGGAUCUUAAUUAUGCCGAUUUUGAUAAUGAUACGAGCAGUCCGUUUGAUAAUAUGCUUUUGAAAUCGAUAAACGACAAGGAAGAAUUGGCUCAGCUUCUACAACCGUCGCAUUGGAAGCCAUCGGGAAAAUUGGAGAAUAUAAUUAAUGAUUUAACAAUUGGAAAUGAUGGACAAAAUAAUCACAAUCAAGAGAUAAAUGAUUCGAUAAUCGAUAAAACCGACGAUCACGAGAGAAUAGAACGUAAAACUGAUUCCCUAAGAAUUGUUUCAUUAAUCGUCGAGGAAUUGCAAAGGGAACUCGAGCGUCCAAUUUUAGAGAAUUGGAAACCUUGGACGGAAGUGGAAAAUUUGGACGUUGAGAAAAAUUGUGUGACAAAUGAAAAACCACCGAGUCAUUCGAAGGCAUUGACAAAUAUUCUAAUGGAUUUAUCGGAGGAUGAUCAGAAAUUGGCGAGGCAUUUGAGCGACAUGGGCUUUCCAUUGACAAGAGCGGCGCGCGCCAUUCACAAACUUGGCGGUAGUGAUAAUAAAAAAAUUGUCGAAUAUCUACUGGCGAUACAGUCGUUGGAAGAUGAUUUGGAAAUCAGUGAGGAGGCAGCAAUAAAGGCAUUGGAAUUAACUGAAUUCGAUCAGGAGAAGGCCAAAGUAUUUCAUCAAAAUUUAACAACACUGCGCGAUUUGGGCUUUUCCGAGGAUCAAGCGUCAAUUGCGUUAAUUAAAUGUAAUAUCGAUCGAGAUAAAGCGCUCGAUUUAUUGAUUACGUAAUUUUUCUCAAUUUUUUUUCUCUUUCUCUAUAUUCGAAAGAAAAAGGGGAAAAUUCUUUCUUUAUAUUCGAAUAAGAAGAAAAGAAAAUUCUUUCUCUAUUCAAAAAGAAGAAAAGGAAAAUAUUUUUCUGUAUUCGAAAGAAGAAAGGAAAAUUCUUUCUCUAUUCAAAAAGAAGAAAAGGAAAAUUUUUGUCUCUAUUCGAAAGAAGAAGGAAAAAUUCUUUCUCUAUAUUUGAAAGAAGAAAAGAAAAUUCUUUCUCUAUUCAAAAGAAGAAGAGGAAAUUUUUUUUCUGUAUUCGAAAGAAGGGAAAAUUCUUUCUCUAUAUUUGAAUGAAGAACAGGAAAAAAUUCUUUCUUUGUAGUCGAAAGAAGAAAAGAACAUUUUUUUUCUUCGAAAAAAGAAAAGAA